AUGCACAAGCUGCGAGAGGGCAACUAUGCGGCUCGGCCGGUGCAGGCCAUUCACCGCUCUGGGUCCGAAGAGGCCGACUUCUUCGAACCGCCUGAGGAACACGCGGACCGGUUCCUUAGUGCAGGUAUCAGAUACCGAUCGAGAACUCCCUCUCCCCUCUCAUCUGCUCGGGAUACGCCCCCGCCAGGAAUGCCGGCUCCUAAACAAGUCCAAUUACAAAUGAAUUGGCCCCACCAUUCAUCAUAUUUAUUGUUUCCUCUCUAUCGCUACUCCUCCAUCUUCGCGGAGGUCGCUCCUAUCCCAGCGAUGGUUAUCUGCAUCCGGGUGUGGACUCCUGGGGGUGACCGACAUUGA